AUGGCGGAGGUUUCCGGCGACGGAAGUGUUAGAGCGACGCUGGAGCUGAGUUCCGAUGAAACGAGUAGCAAUGCAAGGCCAAGCGCGGCCCCGAUGGCGUCGUUCAAGGAGGUGAGCAAAGGCUCCUCAUCGCGGCGGAGGACAUCGUUCCGGCCUAGUUUGGACUCCGAUGACUUCAUAAACCUGCUCCACGGCUCGGAUCCAGUGAAGUUGGAGCUCAAUCGCCUGGAAAAUGAAGUCAGAGAUAAGGAAAGGGAAUUGGGAGAAGCGCAAUCUAAAAUCAAGGCAUUGAAGUUCUCAGAGCGCCUUCGUGAAAAAGCUGUUGAAGAGCUCACAGAGGAGUUGGCAAAGGUGGAGAAGAAGCUCAAGCUAACGGAAUCUCUUCUUGAAAGCAAGAAUCUUGAAAUUAAGAGAAUCAAUGAUGAGAAGAAGGCCUCCAUGGCAGCUCAGUUUGCUGCAGAAGCCACUCUUCGGAGAGUUCAUGCUGCUCAAAAGGAUGAUGAUAUGCCUCCAAUUGAAGCAAUACUAGCACCCUUGGAGGCUGAGCUCAAACUUGCUCGACAAGAGAUUGCAAAACUGCAGGACGAUAACAAAGCCUUGGAACGACUCACUAAAUCGAAAGAAGCUGCUCUGCUCGAAGCAGAGAGAACUGUGCAAGUAGCAUUGGCAAAGGCUUCAAUGGUGGACCAUCUCCAAAACAAGAACCAAGAGUUGAUGAAGCAGAUAGAAAUCUGUCAGGAAGAGAAUAAAAUUUUGGAUAAAAUGCAUAGACAAAAGGUUGCAGAUGUUGAAAAGCUUACCCAAACUGUGCAUGAACUCGAAGAGUCUGUGCUUGCUGGUGGUGCAGCUGCUAAUGCUGUACGGGACUACCAGCGGAAGUUUCAGGAGAUGAAUGAGGAAAGAAAGACUCUUGAUAGAGAGCUAGCUCGUGCAAGAGUAACAGCAAACAGGGUGGCAACUGUGGUGGCAAAUGAAUGGAAAGAUGCUAAUGACAAAGUGAUGCCUGUAAAACAAUGGCUAGAAGAAAGAAGGUUCUUGCAAAGUGAGAUGCAGCAACUACGGGACAAGCUUGCUAUAGCUGAGAGAACUUCAAAAUCUGAAGCCUAUUUAAAAGAGAAAUAUCAAUUGCGACUAAGAGUUCUUGAAGAGACUUUGAGAUCACCAAACACUCCCAAUCGCAGCAUGCCAGAUGUAAGAAGUACUAACAAUGUUCCUCCACGUCGCCAAUCAUUGGGUGGAGCUGAAAGCAUUUCCAAGUUGACUUCCAAUGGUUUUUUACCCAAGAGGUCACCUUCCUUUCAGCUGAGAUCUUCUGGGAGUAGUUCCGUGUUGAAGCAUGCAAAAGGGACCUCAAAGUCAUUUGAUGGUGGCUCACGAUCUUUGGACAGGGGUAAAAGCCUCUUAAAUAGACUAGGAUCAAAUUUCAAACAAAGCCAGUCGUGUGAUGGAACUAAGGAGAGUAAGACACAAGAUAGUACUUGGAAACCGGACCAAGAAGAGAACUCUAGUGACGUGCAAGCUACAGAUACAGAGGAUACCGUUCCAGGGUUGUUAUAUGAUCUGUUACAGAAAGAGGUGAUUACCUUGAGGAAAGCUGGUCAUGAGAAGGACCAAAGCCUUAAAGACAAGGAUGAUGCAAUUGAGAUGCUAUCAAAGAAGGUAGAAACUUUGACAAAAGCCAUGGAGAUUGAGGCCAAAAAGAUGAGAAGAGAGGUAGCUGCUAUGGAGAAGGAGGUGACUGCCAUGCGUACAGAGAAAGAUCAUGAAAAUAGGGCCAAACGACUUGGGAAUUCUAAGAGUUCCCUUAACAGUUCUCAGUUACUCCCUGGAAGGAGUGCAUCAAGAAGUGGGUUGACACGCAGCACACAAUGA